AUGGCGAGCAAUCAGCAAUCAGAAGAUCCCGAGAUAUUUAAAAAGCUAAGUCCUAAGACUCAAGGUUUACUCCGAGCCUCAGAAAAGCAGAAGGAAGCAUCGCACGAAAUGGCUACCACUGAGCGAACCUUUAUCGCCGUUAAACCUGAUGGUGUCCAGCGAGGUCUAAUAGGCCACAUAAUUUCUCGUUUUGAGGCUCGAGGAUUUAAACUAGUGGGAAUCAAACUCGUAUCUGCCAAUGAACAAAAGCUUAAGGAACACUAUCAGGAUCUUUCCGACAAGCCAUUUUUCUCAGGGCUAAUAACAUAUAUGGGAAGUGGUCCUAUUUGCGCUAUGAUCUGGGAAGGCCGUGAUGCCGUCAAGACUGGACGGACGAUUCUUGGUGCUACCAACCCUCUUGCAUCCCUACCAGGGACCAUUCGUGGUGACUAUGCUCUUGACGUUGGUCGUAAUGUAUGCCACGGUUCUGAUAGCGUUGAGAACGCACAGAAAGAAAUUUCUAUUUGGUUCAGUGAAGGAGAGAUACAAUCCUGGAAAUCUGCCCAAAAUGACUGGGUUUAUGAGAAGCCGUAG